GGCUAGCACGUGAGUAUGGCAAGAGGCAGCUGUAGCCUGUGGGAACCACGAACACUGCCCAGUUCCCACGGCGAUCCCACCUGUCUACCCUAUAUAAGACUCCGGAUCCCCACUUUCGGCAUUCAGUCACUCAGUGGCCUCCGUGCUGUGCACAUCGAGUUUUUCCAAACACCAAAAGUGCCUUAUUGUGUUCUAUUUUUUCAAAACACAAUGGAUACUUACGAUUCUCAAAUCGACGUGGAGCAGGUCCAACCCAUCUCGAGGACUUACCAAUACAGAAAGGUGAUGAAACCGAUGCUCGAAAGGAAAAGAAGAGCUAGGAUUAACCGCUGUUUGGACGAGUUGAAAGAGCUGAUGGUGACGGCUCUCCAGAGCGAAGGCGAAAACGUCUCCAAGUUGGAAAAAGCCGACAUCCUGGAGUUGACAGUUCAACAUCUCCACAAAUUGAGGAAGGCGAAGAAACUGUGUCUCACCGGUGGCGAGAAGGAAGACAAGUUCAGGGCCGGCUACACCCACUGUGCCAACGAGGUGAGCCGCUGCCUCGCAUCCACCCCCGGCGUCGACGUCCGCCUCGGCACCCAGCUUAUGUCUCAUCUGGGCCACCGCCUCAACGAGAUCGACAGGAUGUCCCCGUUGACGGUGAGGAUCGCCGAGUCUCCCGCCCCUUCGAUCGGGAUGACCUCCGCCGGCUCCUCGUCCCCAGGCUACUCGAUGCCCCCGACGCCCGCCUCCUCCAGGGGAUCCGACUCUCCCGGCUUGGAAUACUCUGGCCUCCUGAAAGUCGCCUCUUCCCCCGUCUGGAGGCCCUGGUAGAUCUCAUCUCGAUUCCAGACUCCAAAAGAAGAAAAACCCUUUUGUCUUUCUCUCAGAUCGUUUGCUUUAACAAAUAACUUUUAAGUCUGAUAGCUUUAAGUGGCUAGAGCCAUGUGAUAAGACUGUGAACUGUGAUUCAGUGCCUUUUAAUCUCAUUAAUUUUUAAGGUU